AUGCUCCAACCAAAAAAAACCAAAUACCGUAAAUUCCAAAAAGGUCGAGUCGGUGGAGUCAAAAUGAACUCUCUUUCUUUUGGCUCUUUUGGUAUUCAAUCUGUACACUGUGGGCGUCUUUCCGCUUCGGUCAUUGAAGCCACUCGCCGAGUCAUGACCCGCAAACUCAAACGAAGUGGACAAAUUUGGAUUCGGGUUUUCCCAGAUAAGCCCGUCAGCAAAAAGCCUGCGGAAGUUCGUAUGGGAAAAGGAAAAGGUUCCCCUGAAUUUUGGGCUUGUUCGAUUCAACAAGGGCAAAUUCUCUUUGAACUCGAUGGUGUCUCACCAGAGUCUGCGUAUCAAGCUUUUCGUUUAGCAAGCCAAAAAUUACCGGUACGAACACAGUUUGUGGUUGAUCCGUUAUCGUCUUUUCGCCCUAAUGUUAAAUCUGUACUGAACAAAGAAAAAAGAAAAGAUUUAUGA